CAGCAGAAAUUUAUGAGGCAAAUUUCGUAUUUAAAAAGCUGAUAAAAAAAUAUAUAACAAAUUCAAGUCCGUUGUUUACAGUUAACGUUUCUUUCAGUAUCUUUUUUUUGCAUUCCUCCGUCCCGUUAUGUUCAUCAUUAUUUGAAAUAACUUUGAAACGAUGACUUCGGCGCUAUAUUUAGAACACUAUCUGGAUAGUUUAGAGAAUCUUCCCGUAGAAUUACAACGGAACUUUACCUUGAUGCGAGAUCUGGAUUCAAGAGCUCAGGAGCUAAUGCGCAGCAUCGAUAAACUGGCCGAUGAUUAUUUGUCCAAUGUCAAAGGUUAUUCAGUAGAAAAAAAAAAUGAAACCAUGACAAGCAUUCAACGUCAGUUUGACAAAGCAAAAGAGUAUGGCGAUGAUAAAGUUCAAUUGGCUAUACAAACAUAUGAACUGGUCGAUAAACAUAUUAGAAAAUUAGAUUCGGAUUUAGCACGAUUUGAAGCAGAAAUUCAAGAUAAAGCCAUCAAUGCUACAAGGAAUGUUGAAGAAAAUUCACAAAAACGAGGACGUAAAAAAACUAAAGAUAAAGAAACUAAAAAGAAAAGUGCAUCAAGUGAAGAGGAGACCAUUACUAAAACAUCUAAAAAGAAACAAUUAAAAAAAGGAGGUGCUAAAACAACAAAUACUGCACCUACAAAAACUCCGUCUGUGAAUGUAGUCGCCAAUCCGACAAAUCCUACCAAUAGCGUAGCCAGUGUUGCGGUAGAGGCUGGUUCGCUCACUGGUGCAUUAGUUGGUGCUGGAGUUGCACACUCGGCUGAAGUAUUAGACAUGCCAGUUGACCCAAAUGAACCUACAUAUUGUUUAUGUAACCAAGUUUCCUAUGGUGAAAUGAUAGGAUGUGAUAAUCAGGAUUGUCCUAUUGAAUGGUUCCAUUUUGCAUGUGUCAAAUUAACAACAAAGCCCAAAGGAAAAUGGUACUGUCCGAAAUGUAUUACAGACAGGAAGAAAAAAUAACACUGUAUUGAAAAUAAUCACAUUUUUAUAUGUAUGCAUGUACAAAUAUUAUUAAGUAAUU